AUGGACUACGGCCCCGCGCCCGAGAGCCCCUCGCUGGUGCUGGUGCCUGACUCUCCAACCCGAGUGCCCGCCCCCGCCCCCGGGCCAGCCUGCAGCCCCGCCCUGGGGAUCCGAGCCCUGGUGCCCCCCGCGGCCCGCGGCCCUCUGCACCCCGCGGCCGCUGGGACUGCAGGGGAAAGCUUCUGCUGGGCCGGGGCCUCUGGGCCCUGGCCCUUGGCAGCGGACUCUGCCCGCCGGCACCUGCAGCCUCGGGAGCCUGCAGGGGACUUCGGCCCCAUCCUGGCCUGGCUGGACAAGCAGGGCCACCCUGGGGCACUUUUGGAACGGAAAGUGGCAGGCCGGAGGGCCAGGAGCCGUGACCCGCAGGGACCCCUGCUCAGGUACCGGCCCCCUUGUCCCAAGCGCCUGGUCUGCCUCCGGGGCCGCAGGGCGCAAGGCUCUGGUGGCCAGGUCCCUGGCGUGUUGCAGGCCGACGACGGCUUGGUGGUUUGGCCGUGGACGGGCAGGGCUUGGAAGCUGGAGCCCUGCCCGGGCCGCCGGCCCAGCACCUGCUUAGGGAUCGGAGCCCUGGGGACCUGGGAGGAGGAGGAGCCGGCGGCCGUGCCCACCUCCCUCCCCAGGCUGGCAGAGCGCCCCCAGGCACCAAGUGCUGUGGACUCUGGAGGCCAUGGCGCCGGGCCGGUGGUGCGCGAGGUCCGGGACGGGGACCUGCCCCUGGCCCAGCAGCUGCUGCAGUACCACGCGAAGCUGGGCCCAGACCCAGGAGCAGGCCCUCCGGAUGGGAGCCCGUGGAGUGGUGGGGUCGCCCUGCCGCAGCGCUCCUUCAUCGAGAUGAUGUGGGAGGAUCUGCCCGUCUGGCUGUGGGUGUCAGGGCCAAGAAGGCCCCUCAGAGGCUACCCCGGACCCUGGGCGCCCUCUGUGGCCCACGAGCCCCCGUCCGGCUGGCCGGGCUUCCCCGCCCACGUGUCACUCCUUCCUGUGAGCCCGGGAGGCCGGUCCCUGGGGGAGGGCUUCGUCAGCCCUGACCCUGGCCCCCCCAGGGCCUGUGGUGGUCUUGGAGGCCCGCCUCCUGAGCGCCUGCUGGUGCGCCACGGGGGCUGGCACGGGAUGCCGGCUUGGGAGCUGCGGGCCGGCAGGUGCCAGUGGUCGGGUCCCCAGGAAGGCAAGGCUUUGCCGGCACCGCUGGAAGCGUGCGGACCUCUCCUGAGCCUGGGCACGGAGUCUCUGCUGGUGGUCCGGACACGGCCGACCUGGACUCUGCAGUGGAAGGGUGGUGGACGAGCCUGGUCUGACCGCAGCCCAGUGAGUCGGGCAAAGCAGGCUCUUCCUCGUGCAGGGGGGCACAGGCGAGAGCAGGUGGAGGGCAUGGCAUGGGCUGCAGGGACAGGGGCCACAGGGCGGAGGGAGCAGGGGGGCCUGAGGGCAGAGGGCAUGAGGGGAACAAGGGCCAGAACAGGUGGGGGGUGGCAUGGGCCAGGGCAUGGGGGGUGCUGCAGGGCGCGGGCUGACCUGGGCCUGGGUUCAGGGGGGCUGCGGCUGCUGGGCAACUGUCUGCCUAUGAGGAGAUGCUGUGGAAACUGGAGACCCGCCUGCAGAGUGCGCCAGGGCCGGAGCUUGGACUGGGCUGUGGACAUGGGCACCCGGGCAGCCGCCUGGGGAAAGGGCCCAGAGCUCGUCCAGGAGGCACAGAGCCAAGGGGCCCAGGUGAGGGAGGCUAUGGGAGCACCCCGCCAGAGCCCGUUCUUCCCGGCGCUGGUCCUGGGCUUGGCCCCAGCCAGCCCCUGUGCCCAGGCGGAGGUUACCCUGCCUCUGGUCACCGUCUUCCCCUUCCUGCAGGCCAAGGAGGCUCUGGCCAUGAGCAACGGCACCCCCCGAGGGGGCAGCGCCAGCGUGUGGAGCGAGAGGCUCACCCUGGGCCUGGACCUGGCCUAUAAGCUCCUCAUGGGCACCGUUUGGAUCAACGCCCACGGCCUCAAGGACGCGGCCGCCCCCGUGGGGGGCUGCAAGGAGAACGGCUCCGCCUGGCACGGGGGCCCUGAUGGGCUCUACGAGUACCUGCACCCGGUGGGCAUCCCCCCGCGGCCCCAAGGGCCCCCGCAGCUUUUGGACUACGACAAGUUUGGCCUGUCGGCGCCCCCCGUCCUGCCGUCCGGUACCUCCCCCGCCAGCGCGACCGCCCCAUAUGGGGUCUUUGUGGCCGGGCGCUUCCAGAACCCUUCCAGCCGCAGCUCCAGGCCCGUCCUGGGCUCCGGCGGGCGCAUCUGUGCCCACGUGGCGGAGGGGGGCGCCAAGGACAUCCGGGAGGCCGUGGAGGCGGCACACAAGGCGGCAGCCGCCUGGGCCAGCCGGGUGCCAGGGAGCCGGGCGUCGGCCCUGUGGGCACUGGCUGACGCGGUAUCCCAGAGGAGCCAGGAGCUGGCAGAACAGCUGGUGGAGGUGACGGGCAGCGACCUUGCGGACACUCGGACUGAAGUGGUGCUGAGCAUUGCCCGGCUGCGGGCCUGGGGCGCCCAGGUCCACGCCCAGGGAGCCGGCCUGCACAGCGCCGGGCCCCAUGGGCCUUUUCUGCGCCUUCGAGAGGCUCUGGGCGUGCUGGCCAUCGUCUGCCCGGAGGAGCAGCCCCUGCUCGCCUUUGUGUCUCUCAUCGCCCCGGCCUUGGCCUGGGGCAACGCCAUCGUCGCGGUGCCCAGCGGGGCCUGCCCGCUGCCGGCUCUCCAGCUCUGCCAGGACAUGGCCGGCCUGCUCCCCCCCGGGCUGGUGAACGUGGUGACGGGAGACCGCGAUCAUCUCACCCGCUGCCUGGCCCUUCAUCAGGACGUCCCUGCCCUGUGGUACUUCGGCUCUGCUCAGGGCUCCCAGUUUGUGGAGUGGGCCUCCGCUGGAAACCUCAAGGCCGUGUGGGCAAACGGAGGCCGCAGCCGAUGCUGGGACCGGGAGGGCGAGGGGGCCGGACCCGAGCUGGGCCUUCGGGCGGCCCGCACUAAGGCGCUCUGGCUGUCUCUGGGAGACAUCUGAGCCCGGCCCCAGGCCCACAGGGCCUCUGGGCCCAGGUCCGGCCCUCGCCAUGGUCCCCUCCCGAAGAAACGAUCUGACGUCCGUCCAGCUGGCUGAUGAGGAAAGAGCGGCGAACUGGGGGUCGGGACUCACAGGCGGCUCCAGGACCCUCAGGCAGCCUUCCUUGGGCGGUCUCUCAGCCCGGGGCCUCCUGCCCGCGUUCAGAGCCUUCCACGAGGGACCCUCUCCCGCGAGGGGCAGCCUGGCCACCUUCUGGGUGGCAGGAAGCUUCUCUGCUGGUCCCCAGGCACUCCUCCGUGUGCCAAGCAAAGCAAACCCACUCCCUGGCCCCGUGCGGCCGCUUCUCCCGGAGGCUCCUUCUCUGGGAGGCCCCUCGGCCCGAAUCCAGAACAGACCAAUGCAGACGGGGCGACCAGCCCAGCUCCGUGGUGGGGAGUUUCGGGCCCGGGCCAGGGGGCUCAGCAGGGAAGCCACUCUUCCUGUGGGCUCUUAACCCCUCGGUUCCUCCGUGUCCCCCAAGUCUUCCUUACUCCUGGAGUCCUUCAGUCCCUGGCUGCCAUCCCCCCCAGUCCUCCGACACCCAUGGGUCUUUGUACUCUUAAGUCCAACCAUUUUAGCGAGUGUUGGGGCCAGGGGCACCCGAGUCCACCCUCGGGCAGCUGCCGUCCUGGGCGGCGAGGGAAGGAGGGGACGAGUGACCGUCGUGCGCCCGGAGCGGAGCCGCUGGGCCGGGACAAGGAGUUUGAGGCGGGAGCCGGAAGGGACCGGGGUUUUCCAAGCUUGACGAUGAUUUGAAGAUUAUUUUCCCUUCCCUGAUAUCCUGUCCUCCCUUGCUUCCCAGAGAGCCCCCCAGCUGCCGAAUAAUGUCAUGUCAAUUAAAGAUCUUUUUACCAAAA